AUGGCGUCAAGCAACACCUCUCCAAGUCUUUCAGCCAGCCAGGGCCCGCACACCGGCAGCGUGCCCUUGCCAAAGAAACCCGCCCCAGUCCCUGAGUUUGAGGAGGAGCCAGAGCCAGAUGUGCCGGAUCCAUCCGCAGAUGAUCGGUUUGGUGACUCCCAGGUGGAUGAGAUGAAACCCAUCCGAAGGUCUUUCCACUCCUGGACAGAUCCCAAGGAAGAACCUGAGAUCUUCCAACCCAACCACUUUACCCAUGACCUCUACACAGGCUAUCUGGAGACGUUCAUGAGAGAAGUGGAGGACAACCAGCAACUCUUCAAAGCAGUCGUGAAGCAAAGGCGUCAGGACUGUGGAUUUCAGGAACCUUCAAGAUCUUCAAGCCGCAGUCGCUUCUGGAACAGGGAUGGAAAGUCGAUGGAUUUGCUGCCGAAGCUGAUUUUUUGGGAAUCACAGAUGACUCCUUCAUAUUCCUUCAAAUUUGCAGAUGAAGAGAAGGAAGCAGAUGGCGAAAACGCCGCCGCUUUUUGCGCAGCAAGUCUAGCUCCGUUGGGGAUUGGCUGGAAGCGGAUGGCAGAAACGCCGCCGCCUUUUGCGUUGCAAAUCUACGGCUUUGCGAUCAGCGGCCAAAAGAUGUGUUGCGGCGAGUGUAGGAAGAUCAUCAAGCGCUACGAGAUCCAGCAGCGCGCCCGCUACAUGUGCUCCUUCUGCGGCAAGGACCGUGAGAACGUGAAGCGUGUGGCCGGUGGCAUUUGGAAGUGCAAGGGCAAGACCUGUGGAAAGAUCAUGGCUGGUGGCUGCUGGACCCUGAGCACGGGCCCAGCCGCCACGGUGCGCGCCACCAUCGCGCGCCUCAGGAAGCAGCAGCAAGGUGGCGUCGAUGACUGA